UCGUCACUAUUUUCUCUUUAGAUAAGAUCUACCUCUACCUCUAUCUAAGGGUUGUGUGGCAUCAGAAAAUGAAUCACCAUUUAUCUAGCUUUUAGAAUGGGGGGAGGAAUCUGACAAAGUAGUAGUUAGAUAUAAGAACAGCCCAACAAAAAAUGUUUUCAAGUUCACUUGGCAAAAAUAAAACGCUUGUGAGAAAUUGUUUUUUGGCUAACACCAAGUCAUCUGGAGUAGCUGGAACUUGAUGUAAAACAUAAAGCAUCACUAUUUGUUCCCUGUGCAUGGAUUAGUAGAGGCCCCUGGAACUGAACCAUAUGGACCUCCAAACUACCAUUCUAGUGAUUGUGCUUUGCUGGUGAGGACUUGUUUUGACAUCGGGACAUUAUUAAUUGUGAAUCACAAUGGAGGACAUAUCAACUCUUAAGGAGCCAAUCUUUGAACUUUCUCACACAAUUCUGCUUGUCCAGCCGACACUGCACAAGCCGGAGUCAAGGACCUAUUCAGAUUAUGAAGCCGUGAAUGACUGCUUGGAAGGAGUCUGUAAAAUAUAUGAAGAACAUCUGAAGCGAAUGAAUCCCAACAGUCCAUCCAUCACAUACGACAUCAGUCAACUGUUUGAAUUCCUGGAUCAGCUUGCAGAUGUCAGCUGUCUUGUGUAUCAAAAGUCAACGAAGGUCUAUGUUCCCCGUGACAAGGAAUGGAUCAAGGAAAAGAUAUACAUUCUUCUCAAGAGUCAGGCCCCGGUGUAAAUAUGAUUGACAGGAUGAAUCAGAGACUAUUUAUUCAUCGGUAUCCUGAGAUAAUUGCAGAAGUCCUGUAUUGAAAUAUUGGCUGGAAGAGAAAGGUGAUAAAAAAUGCAGUAAAUUUCGCUUUUCUUCUCCUUGGUCGUAUUUUAGGUGCACUAUGCCAUAUUAUUUUAUCGAGCAGUUACUUCGGCAGUUUUCUUGGGAUGUGAUUUCUUGUGAGCACUGUUUGGGCCAUUGUGCAGUACAUGCCUCUAUUCUAUCAGGCUCGGUACAUCUGUGUCUGCUUUGUUUGCAUCAUUACCUGUGUGUUGACAAUGUAGAUAUUCACAUGCCCAUUGUGCAGUGAUGACACCAUUUCGUCAGUCUGGUGUAGUAUCAGGACUUGGAUAUCAAAAUCAUCUUUAAAAAUCAUUUUCAACUUUUUAUUCUGAUGUCGAAAUAUUGCAUUUUUGUCAGUUGUCAGAAAUGUUUCUGAAUUUGAAAUUGUGGUUUUUGAGUGCAUCAUGGAUCCAUCAGCACUCUUUUCGUCUUCAAUUGUAAAGAAAACAAUAGACUCUGACCCCAUAGAUUAGUCUACACAUUUUAAGAAACCAUACAUGGUUGUCACAAAUAUCAGUUCAUAGUCCCAUGUUCAUUUCAUCAAUUUCAUUUCAAUAUUGUAUCGUAUUCCAAAUAUUUAAGAAAAUAAAAGUAUUCGGUGGAAA